CUCACCAGCGCCCGUGGCCCCGCCGGCCUCUCCAAUCCGCCCCAGCGGCCCGGGACAGCGCCGCGGCCACAACAAUUCAAGAGACUUUGAAGAUGCCUUGGGCGCAUUGCGGAGGAGGAAGCUGAGGUCUGGUGACGGAGUUUCUACACCGCCCAGCAAGACCCAGCAUACAGUAGAUGCCUGAUAAAUGUUUAGGAUCUGAAGACCCAUUGUGUGUGUGCGGCACCUUGCUGAAACACUCCCAUAUGUUAUCAUCUCAUGUGAUCCAACCAUGACCUCGUGAGUUGGAACCCAGACCCCCACCAGAGCUGCGACGUUACCCAUUAAGUGGACUGCCUUGUCAGGUGGUGAGCAGCCUGUCACUGGGAGAAUCCAAGCAAGGCUGCCAUGGAGGAGCACGUCUACUCAGAGUUCCCAAACCUUCCCAAAAGGCAGCGGCGGUGCUGUGGGCAUGGGACGUGGAUGGCACUGUUGGGGCUGGUGACGGUCAUGCUGUGGGCCGGGCUGCUGCUGCUGCUUCUCUUUUGGCACUGGGACGCUGUACAGAAGCUGAAACAGCUAGAACAAACCACUGCCCAGAACGUCUCUCAGGUUUCCAAGGACGUGGAGAGACAAAGAGGGGACCAGAUGGCCCAGAAAUCCCAGGCCGCCCAGGUGUCACAGAACAUGGAGAAAAUCCAAGCUGAGCAAAAAAGAAUGAAAGCUCAGGACUCUGAGCUCUCCCGGAACCUGGAUGGCCUUCGUUCGGACCUGAGCAACCUCAAGUCCCAGAGCUUGAACGAGAGACGCACAGCCUUGCAUUCGUUGGAAAGGCUUCAGGAGGAGGUGGAGAAGCUGUGGAUAGAGCUGCAAGUGUCCAACGCCCGGAUCCCAAGAGUGACUCCAGGACAGACGCUGCCACCCACUCUGCCUAUUGUACCCACGGGGCCCGCCAUGGGGCCAGCCACGGCACCGGCUACGGUGCUGGCCAUGGCAUCCGCCACUGUGCCAGCCACGGCACCAGCCACAGCAUCUGCCACAGCGCCGGCUACGGUGCCGGCCACGGCAUCCGCCAAGGUGCCAGCCACGGCACCGGCCACAGCGUCCGCCACGGCGUCGGCCACGGUGCCCGCCACGGCAUCCACCACGGUGCCCGUCACGGCGCCCAGCACGGCGCCCACCACCACCGCACCCCUGAGCCUCUCCUCCACCCCAGGCUCCACGUGUAACACGUGUCCCGAGAAGUGGGUCAACUUCCAGAGGAAGUGUUACUACUUCGGCGAGGGCGCCAAGAAGUGGAUCCAGGCCCGGUUCGCCUGCAGCAAACUGCAGGGGCGGCUGGUCAGCAUCCACAGCCAAGAGGAGCAGGACUUCCUGGCCAAACACGCCAACCGGAAGGGCACCUGGAUUGGCCUCCGGGACCUGGACAUAGAGGGGGAGUUUAUCUGGAUGGACAAGAACCCCCUGAACUACAGCAACUGGCGGCCGGGGGAACCCAACAACCAGGGCCAGGGCGAGGACUGCGUGAUGAUGCAGGGCUCUGGGCAGUGGAAUGAUGCCUUCUGUGGCAGCCGGCUGGACGGGUGGGUGUGUGACCGGCUGGCCACAUGCUGACCGCCCACCCGCCGCCUUGGCCCCCCGAGGUUCACUGGGACGUCCUUGGAGACUCAGAUGCUGAUGACCCCCUGCCCACCUGCCAGGUGCACCCCCCAUGCCCUCCCCCAGCUCAGACACAGGAAUAGCCACGCCCACAGCAGGGGCCCCCAAGGACCCUCAAGCACAGUCUGGAUGCCUCUUCCAUGGCCAAAGUUCCAGCAACAUUUUCUCCUGCCCGAGCGGAAGAAGGGCUGUUGACCCCUCCCCAGCUCCUGCCGGUGCCUGGAGGGCCUGUCCCUUGCUCCUCAGCCCAGCAGGCUGUCCCCACGUCCCUGCCUUCAAGAGCUCAGAGCACCCACCUCUAGAACUUUCUGGGGAGCCUCAGACCCCUGUGAGCCUCCUCUGUCAAGCCCGCCCACAGUCUGCCGGAGCCAGCACCAUACCCCCACCCCACCCCUGGCCUCCCCAGAUGCAGUCCCCUUGCCCUAGCACCCCAGGGAGAGGACCCCUGGCUCGGGCAGCCAGUCUCCCAGCCCCCAGCCCAUGUCAAUAAAAUGGGGGCAAAGAUGGCCCCACUCAGGAGCCUCUCUGGAUCCGGUCUCUGGAUAUGGGAGCCGGGAGUUCCAGAACAUGGUGCCUGAGGCCAUCUGAGUAUCCAAGGCAGCAGUUUCCCUCUCUACUUUAUUACAAGGAGCAUUUCCUAGACAGCGCUGGACAUGAAGACUCUGGGGUCCCGUGGGGCAGAGAACACCCUAGAACCCUAAAACUACUGCAGGGCAGGGCGGUGGCCUGGCAGCCUCAUCCUCCAGCCGAGGCUGCUCAGAAUGGGCCUGGUAUACAGAAGGCACUCAGUAAAUGCUAGCAGGCCCAUGGGUGGCCCGGUCACCCAGGUCCUAAGGUGCUGGUAUGACCCUGACACAGGUUUUGAAAGGCGCAGGUGGCACCAGCCCCUGUCAGUCCCGGAGGCCGAGGUGGGAGGUGGGCCAGGAUCACAGGACAUCUCUCGUUAAACCCCUUGCCUACCCACCCUACCCCCAAUUCCUGGCCUAGGAAAGGAAGAACCAGGGGCGCCUGGGCGGUUCAGUUGGUUAAGAGUCUGACUUCGGCUCA